GUUAUCAUCUUACAUCGUUGUUAUAAGGUAUAUAAAAUGUGCCGUGUAUUUUAAGAAAGAAAAAGUAAUUUGCUUAAAUUUGCUUGGAUGUAGUGAAAGUAGUAUGUCCAACACGUGUGGGUUAUAGUCCAGUUAAUAAAUCUUGAAGGUCAAUUUUUUCAAAAUUUUUUGAAUAAACAGCUACUGAAUAUUUAUUAUUAAUACGGAGUGAAAGAAAAAGGUAAAGUGAUCCACGUAUUCCAUAUAUUUAGAACUAACAGCCAGCACCAACAGAAAGAUGUAGAUAAAUAUAAAAAGACUGUCAUUUACAAAUCAGUUUUAUUAAUCACUUCAUAGUAAUCAUUUUCAUAAAGAUGCAAUUUCAUGUUGACUUUCGACGAGACAAGUUUGACUGGAGCGUCAUCUUAAAUUAAUACAGCGUCCGAACUAAUUAUUAUUUAGCUCAGUUUCUUGACUAACAAUUUAUAUCUAAGACACACUCUAUGUUUUUAGGUUAACAGACUACUGACAUAAGUGAUAUAUUUUAGAAUUUUUUUCAGCAGUUUGAAGCUUGGCGCUCUAAUAUUUGAUGCAGUAUUAAUUUGAGAUGGCGUUCCAGUCGAAAUUAUACCACAUUUGACGCUCUAAAAUAAGGUCGAGCGUCAACAUUAAAUUACACCUCAUUUCUUCUUUAUAAAUGUUGUUGAAGUAUUUUGAUGUUCCUAAUCGAAGCCCCAUGAUAUUUCUAGGAAAAUCUAAGUUUCUCAUAUUUCUCAAUAGACAAAUGAAAUAACAAAAAACAUUUCAAGUUAGACGUUAUGAUUAUGUUAUUUUUUUUCCCAAGAUUUCUUAUCCAUAUUAUCAUAGUUUUGAUUGCUUUAAUGUGUGCUCCAAACAUUAGUACAUCAAUAAAUUGAAACUUUUUACUUUGGGUUGAAAAAUAUCACAUCACAAACAGGUUAAUGAGGGCAGUCAACAAACGAAAAUAGUAUAACAAAAAUUAAAGCAAACCGGCAUUUAACUGAUGGGUUUACAGACACGAAAGGUUUGAAAUAAUGGUGUUGCCUCUCGCCAACGCUACUCAAGAUUUACUAUGAGCAGGCACUCAAGAUGUGAAAGCGGAAAUGCAGAGGGAUGGGAAUUCCUCUCAGUGACAAUGAAAUAUUUGGGACCAAAUAAUACCAAAAGUCAACAAACAACGAAUAAAUAACACACACAUUAAUCUAUUACAUCAAAGUCAAACAUCCAAUCUUAUAUGGGCAUUUACAAAGAAUACCAAAACAGGUCCUAAAGUGGACACCACAUGGGAAAAGGAGAAGAGGAAGAUCACAAAUAAGCUGGAGAAAGAGCAUAGAUAAGGAAAUACAGAAGAGAGAAGGAUAGAGACAGAUGGCGGUUAGAGAUCGGAAGAAAUCGGAGAACGAACCGAAGUGCUAAACAGAGAAAACGAUACACGAUUUGCAUCUGCACUAUUCUAACGUGUAAGCUCGUGGGAUGGAAAUAUUUAUAAUCAAAUAACUUUUUUGGCAUAUCAGAAUGGUGAUAUUAAUUAUAUUAAUUUAUUAGAUAUUGAAAAAAAAAGAAUUUGUUAUCCAAAACAUGCUUCCUAUUGCGGUUCCAAGCACGUGAUAUAGUUGUGAAAAAUACGAGACUGUUGUUGAUAAUAAUAAUUAAUCAUUUUUUUAGUUCAAUCUUACAAUGCAAUCUACUACGAUAAAGUUGAUAAAUAAAAAUGAUAUUUUAAUUUGGAAGUUGUUACAAGUAUUUAUUUAAAGAAAUUUUAAUUACGCAAUCUUCUAUUUCCUCCAAUAUACUGCAUUAAUAGUAUCAACCAAAAUGAGUAUUGAUACAAUAAAUUAAACUCUAAUUUGUACAGUUUUUUAUCACGAGCAAACGAAAAUUAUUCCCCUUGAAUAUAGCAAGGACAGAAUUAAAUUUGCGUGUCCUUGUGCAAAAAUAUCUGGGUCAAUGUAGGCGUUGGUACUGGACGACCGUCAGAAUAAGGUUAAAAAGAUAAAAAAAAGUUGUCAAUAUAUCAGAGGAAUGCAUUUACCGACUGAAGAAUUAGGCUAUAGACCAAAAGCGCAUUUGACUGAACAUUUCCUGUUCCUUAUUGACACAGAUUAAGGAAAAUGAGUUAGAUUUUUGCAUCGAUUAAUAAUUGUAGAUGAAACCUGCAUUGAGGGACAGUGGAUUGCAAACGGCGAACCUGAUCAGAAAAAGGCAGAAGGUUUCAUCGGUCGAUAAAGUGAUAGCGACCAUUUUUUGGAUAAGGUUAAGGUAAAAAAAUAACAAAAGAGUAUAACGCAUCAUUGCUUGAUAAGGUAACGGUAGAAAUUACAGAAAAGAUAUCGCAUUCGAAGAAAAGAAAGUGCUUUUCCAUCAGGGUGAUCGUCUUGGAUAAAAUUACCGAAUUGCACUUCUAAUUGUUUGACCACCCAUCGUAUUCACCAAAUCUAGUUCCUAGCGACUUUUUCCUGUUUUUUAACCUAAAAGUUUCAUUUUCAAGAGAAAUAUUUUCAUCAAAUGAGGACGUUAUCGUAUUUUGACGAGAAUCUAUUAUUUGGAGGGGUUAAAAAAGUUAGCGCAUCACUGGGAAAAGUGCAUAUACUUAAAAGAAGACUAAAUAAAAAUUAUCGUAGAAAAAAUAUCUUGUUUCUUUGUUAGUUCGGAAAUUUUUCCGAUAACCCUCGUACUCUUUAAACUUUAUUAAGAAGUGAGCUAUUUAUAUUGAUUUCAGUUAAUUUUUGUAGUCAGUUUAAAUAUAAUUUUGAAACAGCAUUGAUUAACUACUUCACAUUUUGUAUUAUAUACAUUCAUAAUCUAAGUUUUUUUUAAAUAAUCAGUAUGUUGUCUACUUAAUAGUGUAAAUAUUCUCGAUUUAUCACGGAAUUACUUCUUAGUGUAACAUCAUAAUAACAGUUUAGUAUUAUAUUAACCGGACUAUAACACAAAUUUCUCCAAAUCGAUUCAAGCUAUAGAAAGGGGUUAAACAUUUACGGCGCAUGUCUGAACUUGGUCGCAGCGAAAUAAUCAACACUUCUUCCUGUCGUUCCGGUAUUCAAAUUUGAGUGUUUAAAACAAUCAGUGAUUUUAAAGACCGCAUGUCGUUGCAUUUUAAGCAUGAAUCAAGAAGAAAACAAUUUUUGUCCGGUGAAUAAAAUAGCGCUUAUUUGUACAUGUAUAGUAGGAUUUCAAUUAUCUAGGAUGCUAUUCAGAUUCCUUUAUGACUCCUUUUUGGCUCCCGCAUUCAAAAUUAAUGCUGUUAAUAUUAAAGAAACAGGAACAUGGGCUGUCGUUACUGGAGCUACAGAUGGAAUUGGUAAAGCGUAUGCCGAAGUUUUAGCUCAGAAAGGCUUGAAUGUGGUGCUUAUUAGUAGGACCAAAUUAAAACUAGACGAUGUGGCGAAAGAAUUAGGAGAGAAGUAUAAAGUAGAAUUCCGAACUCUAGUUGCCGAUUUUACAGAUACUGAGCACAUCUACCACGAAAUCGAUAAACAGUUGAAUGGAAUGGAUAUUGGUGUACUGAUCAACAAUGUAGGAAUGAGUUACACUCAUCCAGAAUUCUUUUUAGAUGUAAAAGACAAAGACACUUUUUUCCCUAAUCUUAUUAACUGUAAUAUUUAUUCAGUAACAAAUAUGUGUAAAAUCGUCAUGCCGGGAAUGGUGGAAAGAAGAAAAGGAGUAGUUAUCAACAUAUCAUCAUCGGCUGCACAAAUUCCAAAUCCCCUUCUAACAGUGUAUGCUGCUUCAAAAGCGUAUGUUGUUAAAUUUUCUGAAGAUCUAGCUGCAGAAUAUUCAAAGUUUGGUAUUACUGUUCAAUGCUUGCUCCCUGGAUAUGUUGCUACAAAUAUGUCUAAAAUUAGAAGCUCAACUUGGAUGGCACCAUCUCCCCUCACUUAUGUAAAAGAAGCAAUAAAAACUGUUGGCAUCAAGGAAAGAACCACUGGGUAUUAUCCACACACUUUACUAAUUACUGUAGUGAAAGGAUUGGAUUAUAUAUCACCCAAAUUGUCAAGGUGGCUAAUAUUUAGAACAAUGUCAAAUAUCAGAAAAAGAGCUUUAAAAAGGGCUACACAAUAAUUUCUUGUACACUUCAACAGUUAUUUAUAUUUUGAUCUGAUCUGCAUCUCAUGUGGCCAAAUUACCGAUUAUAUUUAAUUAGAUUUUUCAAGAAAUUAUCUUUCUUUUUGUUGAGGAAUUUUAAAGAACAUUGUUUGUUAAAAAUUGUGUCCCUUGUUAAAAUUUGUAUUUGUUAUGGAGCCGACUCUGGAACAUUGUAUCACGAAAAAAAAAUAAUAAAUAUUUUACUUACGUU